ACCUGCUAUCCCUGGUAGGGCAUUCAGAGCGCUUCCCAGCUCAACCAGUCCCUGAGUCCUGCUGUAAUUGGUGAGGUGGAUGGGUGGAACCAGCACUUGAAGCCUCACCCACUUCUCCCUUACCAGUCAGUAGAGGAGUUGGUGCGUGGAAGGGCAUUUCUUCUCUGUAGAAGUGUAGGAAGGGGUUUUUUGGGUGUUAGGGAUGGGAAGAGGGCAGUGCUGGUUUGGGUUGUGAGAGUGUUGGAGAAGUAACUGAAGGCAGGGGAAUGGUUCAAGAGCAUGAGGUAGAAGAAGCUGGUAGUGAAAUAGGGAAGAAAGGAGGAGACUGUUCAGUCUCUGUUGAGUGCAGGGUAAUGGCUUGGGGGCUGGGUGCAGCGUUUGGGGCAGGGGGAUGUGCAGUGAGUGCUUGUUUUGGGGGUCUGCGAUGUGUGUGUGUGUGCCGGUGUUGGGUGACUUCCCUGUACUGUGCUACUUGGCACUAAUCCAGUGCCUGGAUAAUCAGGCUCUAGGGCACCAAGUGUGAGAAGGACCUGCUAUUCAUCUGGUAGAGAUGCCAGAGGGCCCGUCAGUGAGGAAGUUCCAGCUGCUGACCUCACGUUUUGUGGGGCAAGUGGUGGCCAAGGUGGGGGGAAGCAGCAAGAAGAUUAAUGUGAAUGAUCUGAAUGCCUUGAGACUCCAGGAUUCCCAGGUCCAUGGGAAGAACUUAUUCCUAGCAUUUGUGGCAGCCAGCUCUCCCUUAGGACCAAAUGUGGAAGAGACAGUGCUGCAAGAAGAGGCUGCCAUGGGGGCUAGUUCCCUUGUUCAGGGAAAGCAAGAGCAGGUUUGUGUUCCAUUGACUCCUCCCCAGGAAGAAGAGCUACAGGACCUGCAAAACUCCAGACCUGGUGCCCCAAGUGCACCAACAGAGGGUCCGGGCAGUUGGCUGCGCUUCCACUUUGGCUUGUUUGGCAGCAUUCGGGCAAACGAGUUCUCAAGAGCAAGCAGAGCCAACAAGAGGGGGGACUGGAAGGACCCUGCACCCAGGCUGGUGCUCUAUUUUGAGAGUGGAGGCUUCCUUGUUUUCUACAACUGCCGAAUGCACUGGUGCUCAUCUCUGGUGGCUGAUCCCACUUCUGACAUCCUGUCUGCAGAGUUCCACCGUGGCCAGGCACUGGAUGCCCUCCGCACGUCCCGUCCCAUCUGCUACACCCUCUUGGACCAGAGAUACUUUUCAGGGCUGGGGAACAUCAUUAAGAAUGAAGUCCUGUACCUGGUGAAGAUCCAUCCAUUAACACAAGGAUCUCUCUUGGCGCAAUCGGAUCUGGAGCAUCUGCUAGAUUGUGCCAUUCAGUUCACCUCCAACUGGCUGCAGAGCAAGCUGCAAGGCAAAGGGCUGCACCUGCAGAUCUACCAGAAAGAGCAGUGUCCUCUUGGGCACGUGGUGAUGAAAGGAGCCCUAGGACCCCCGGGUGGCUGGAAAAGGCUUACGUGGUGGUGUCCUCAGUGCCAACCUGCAGUGCUGUCAGGGGAUGGGGGUCCAACCCUGGGCAUUGAGUGACAUGGCUCUUUUCUACAAGGUCUCCUGAGCAGCUUGUGCAGUUCAGCAUUGGGUAAUCGUGUGUGUGUGUGCUUUGAGCUGAGUAUGCGUUAUGUGGUGAUUAGGUGUGGUUGAGAUUAAAUGGUUGUUCCCUCCAUCAGCUCUUAGCGGCCUCCUUCCAAAGGGUGAAAACACCCCUCAGCAGUGCAAUGGGGUGGCACUGCUCAUUAAAACCCAUCAUUAAGUCA